AAGACAGUAACAGUACAUUUGAAAAGUAUUUUAUUUGAAAUUUCCCGUUCGUGCAAUACUAAGAAAACGGCAUGAAGACUAUCAUUUGGUUAUAACUGAACAUUAAACCGAUUAUUAUUCUUAAUAACUGUAUUGAUUAAAUUGCUUAAAAUGUAGCUAAAUAUACCAAAAAAGAUUACAAAUGCGACGAAAUCGAUUUACGUUUUUAAUAACGGCAUUUAUCUGUCACAUUGCUUGAAGAGUUUAAGAAGUUGACUUCACGAAACCCAUGCGUUGGCGAUAGCCUAAUCAAGCCCCACGCAAAGUACAGACAGCGUCCAGCGAUUAUGCAGAACGAAUACAUUCGUAAAGUACAGUCUCUUGCAGCGAUUGUUAAUUGAAAUCAUUAUAAUUGGCCUCGAGAGGAUGUUUCGCUCCACUCCAAAUGACAGCAGACUGCCAGCUGGGGAGGGCACCUGUCAAUCAAACGCGCCUUUAUAAUCUCGAGCAACUUGCGCGCUGUUUUCUCUGUGGAUAAAUUUGUGGUCGUGAUAGGAACCGGUCCGUCCGCGGGGUCGAUUCUACAAGUCCGCCGAAGUUCGCAACAGUGCCGUGCAGUGAGAACCUUUACUUGGAAAUCGCCGUUUUCGCCUUUGCUCGAGACUUCCAGCCCAUCUUCAUGGAAAUGGAUAAGUUACCGCGUGUGAACAUCAGCGCGGAGAACAACACCGUCGACCGACGUUCAUUUCUGGACAGGGGUGCUUAUCAACACCUGGAAAACGGUGACCUGAAAGUGUUGAUCCCCGUGAUCCUGGGUGUCGUCUGUGUCCUCGGCUUUACUGGAAAUUCUACUGCCAUAGGAGUUCUCAUUUCCAACGCGCGCAAGGGUAAGCUCUCUUUGAUCAACGCGCUGAUUCUCAACCUCAUGCUGGCCGACGGUCUGGUCUUGGCGUUUGCGGUCCCGUUUAAAGCGACAGCCUAUAGCCGUGCCAGCUGGACUCUGGGCUUGUUGGUGUGUAAAACCUGCGACUGGUUCCUGCACUCCUGCAUGGCUGCGAAGAGCUUCACAGUGGCCGUCAUGGCCAAAGCCUGUUUCAGGUACAUCAGCAACCCCACCAAGCAGGUCAGCAUCCACCUCAAGACCAUCUUGGUGGUGCUGCUCUUCAUUUGGCUCCUGGCUUGUGUUGUUCCGAUUCCCCACUGGCUCUUCGCCACUCUCCAGAAGGAAGGUGAUAGACUGCUCUGUGUGCAGCUGGUGCCCCUGGACGCCCACAACUUCAUGUCUGUGUAUGUGAAGGUUUACCCGCUGGUGACCUUUUGCGUUCCACUCAGCUUCGCACUGCUCUACUUCUGGAGGGCAUACAACCGUGGCCAGCGCCGCUGCAGCAAGACGCAGAACCUGCGCAUGCAGAUGCGCUCGCGCAAGCUCACGCUCAUGCUCUUCAGCCUGACCGUUGCCAUGGGCACCAUGUGGCUGCCACAGUGGGUGGCGUGGGCGUGGAUGUGGCAUGCCAUCGACAGUGACAGCCCCUUCCCACCCAUGGCCCUUGUCCUCUCAGCCCAGCUACUAAUGUUCACCAUCUCACUGGUGAACCCGCUCAUUGUUUUGGCGCUGUCCGAGGAGUUCCGCGAGGGCUACAAAGGCCUGUGGCGCCGGCUCACUCUGCGUAAGCACCCGGCCAAGCAGCCAAAGCCCGGGCCACACACACCCACCGCCAUGAGGUCGCCCACACCCCGGCCUGAAACGUCCGCCCACCUUCCGCCUUGCCAGUCAGAUUGGGAAGAGGAGACCGGGCUGAAGAAGCAGCAGGAACAGGGUAGGGGCGCAGCCGAAGACAGUCCUGGCAACAAGGACGGAGCAGUGCUGCCAGACGUAGAGCAGUUCUGGCAGGAGCGCGAGAGUGGCUCUCACUCGCAGGAGAAUGAUCCCGUACCGUGGGAGCACCAGGAUCCCAAACAGGGGAAACAGUGAAUGUCCACUCCGUGCCUACCAUCCACCAUGCCAGGCAGUCCCAGGAAGAGCAGAAACAAGACACUCCCACCCCACCAAACACACACACACAGGCACAAACACACACCUUUCAUUUUGUCGAAGGGAAAAUGAAACAAAGAUCAGCAGUUACAACAAUGCGACCUCAUUUGAACUGAACACAGGGUGUAAUUCCAAGAGAAAAAUAAAUUCUCCCAAAGUUUGUGGGAUGUACUUAUUGAACGUUACUUAUCGUUUGAUAAUAUCAGUAACCUCAUUGGAUAUUGGAUGGGAAUGCUCCUAUAGAGAAAUGUUUCAACUGUUAUAUUUUGUACUUAUAUUUGUAGUAGUGCUCCUUAUAUACACAUACAUUAUGUAGACGUUGUGAGCAAAAAUUACAGAAAAUGUUUUAUGUAACUUGUCUGAUAUUUAAAGCUGUAAAAUAGGAAUGGAUAGGAAUGUUGAUUUAGAAGGUCAAAUAACAUUUUAAUUCCCUGUACAUUGCACCAUUCCAUCAUAGAGGUUUAUAAGAGUCUGUUUACACAAAUGGAACUACAGAUGUAAAAUAUAAGACAAUGUUUUGUAAAUGCAUUUGUUCUAAAUAAACUUCAUUAGGUUUCAUUAUGUUCCCUAAGCUAUGGGCUGUUUCCUUAUGCGCAACAGUAAGGUGGGAAUAAAAAUUUUUUUUUAGUAUAAAACAAUUCUUAAUUGUAAAAUACAAGUCUUGUUGAAUAUGUAAAAAAGUAGGGUGCCUUUAUUCCAGUCAACUUGUACAGAAACACAGCAACUCCAAAAAUGUAAGUUAUCUUUUCAAAAACAUUGGAACAGUUAAAUUAAACCUUACUAUCAGCUGACUCUGUCAACUGUCACUGUUGCACAGACCAACAUCACAUAGAGUUAAGGGACUCAGUGAAUACACACCUAAUAAUUAUUUUAAAAAUAUCUUACAUUUUAACCAAGUUGUCAAUUAAAAUGACAGACGCACAGAGAGGCUCCAGGAGCUGAAUGCACCAGUUGGAUGACCACAGUCACCAGAGACAAGAACAAAAAAAAAAAAAGGAUCUUCCCAGUUU